AGUGAGUUAGCAUGAACUAUUUCUGUCGGAAAGGGAAGCUAAAGUUUGUGUCGGAAAAUGUCUUAUUAAUCAAUUGUAGAGAGUGUUUAAGUUUUCAAAACAUGUACCAUCAGAGAAUUCACUUGUAUAUCCGAAGAUAGGUGAUCGGAUGCACUACCGUAGAGUAUUAAAAUAAUUUGUAGAGAAAUAGAAACAGUCCUACUGACAGUGACUCUGAAGAGUGAGAGAGGAGGUCUUAUCCAAGCAGACUCACACGAGGGGAGUCCUGACUUCUCUCUGGCUAGGCGGCUUUCGCAGAAGCUGGCCAAUUGGUGACGCAGCCACAUAAAAGACAGGAGACAAGUGCGAGUGAAGCGACUUCACAAUAUCCACCCAUCCACCCAAUUGCCGUCGAAGAUAGAUAACACAAAAUGGGAAAGCAAAACAGUAAACUGAAGCCAGAAGUGCUGGAGGAUCUGAAACAGAAUACAGAAUUCACGGAUGCAGAAAUUCAAGAAUGGUACAAAGGAUUCCUCAAGGAUUGCCCAAGUGGACACCUUUCAGUGGAAGAAUUCAAGAAAAUCUACGGAAACUUCUUUCCAUACGGCGACGCGAGUAAGUUUGCUGAACAUGUUUUCCGAACUUUCGAUGCGAAUGGCGAUGGCACGAUUGAUUUUCGAGAAUUCCUGUGCGCCCUGAGUGUGACAUCGCGUGGGAAACUUGAGCAGAAGCUCAAGUGGGCCUUCUCCAUGUACGAUCUCGAUGGCAAUGGGUACAUAUCUCGUCAGGAGAUGCUGGAAAUAGUCACAGCAAUCUAUAAGAUGGUGGGCAGUGUGAUGAAGAUGCCGGAGGACGAGAGCACGCCGGAGAAGCGAACAGACAAGAUCUUUAGGCAGAUGGACCGCAACAAGGAUGGCAAGCUCAGUCUCGAGGAGUUCAUCGAGGGCGCCAAGAGUGAUCCAUCCAUUGUUCGAUUACUUCAAUGCGAUCCGCAGGCGCAGUGAACAAUCCGUCGCCAAUACCUUGAUAAUUACAUAUAUUUCCUUCCAUUUCAAAAAUAUCUAAUAUUCAGCUAACUUUCCAGCAUCACAAACUGCUCAGCUCAAUUCUGAUGAGAUUUCCAUUUGCCAUUUUGAAUCCGCAGUUACUCUUUUGCAUUUUAAUCUCCCUCAGCCGGAUUCCCUUUGUGUGUAUAGUUUUGUUGCGAGCGUUAGCCUUUCUUGCACCAUCACAUUACUCCCUAGUGCGUCAUUAUGAAUAUUUUAUACUGUUAUGAGCUUAUUUAUUGACUUUAACUGUGCUAGAGAACGCAGAAAAGUUGCUAAUGUGAAUGAUAUAAGAGGAAUAUCCACUCAACACAGUGUUAUUUUUUUCGCCAGAGCAACGUUGAGAGCUGAAAGUAAUUUUUUAUUGCUCUCUUGGCUUUUUUCUGCUUCUUUCGGGGGUUUUGUGUACACGUCCGAAGGUAUUUCAUGCUUUUAUGCUUUUGCCACGAUAAUUUUCCUCUCAUGGGAAAAUAGAGAAAUGCUUUGAAUGCAAGCCAAAUGGGAUAUUUCACCGUGAGACUCCAAGCGAAUAGGAUACAAACAGAGGUUGUUAUAGCCUGUGGAGUCUCUCGGCGAAAUAUCACAUGGAAUUCUAUGUAAACUCGGAUUGUUCGCUCCAUCCCGCGAAUCGCGUUGAAAAUUCACACCUUUGCCCAUCCACAUGUCCCUUGAGAGAUGCGCCCUCCAUUCGAGUGAUUAUGAUUGUGAAGAGAGACGGUUUUCAGCAGGCAUUCUACUCAUAAGCCGGAAUCAGAUAUCAAUUUGCACAGACUUCUCUAUUCCCAAGAAAACGUGUAUUGAAAGGAGAAAAAUGUUGAAUUGAAAGAGAAAAUAGUCAAUUAAUGAGUAUUGAUAUGGAAAAAUUCAAAUGAAACUGAUUAAUCAAUCGUCUCAGAGCGUUUUCAAUUCCUUCGAGCGCGAAAUUACUCAAAUGAAAUCUUUGAAUAAACACAAUUACGAUGGAAAAGUCAAUAGCAAGAAAAUUUUUCAUGAUAUCCUCCAAGAUUACUAAAAAUGUAGAUAGAAUAAUUUCACUAUUAUAAUACGCUUUCUAAAUCUCUUAAUCUCUCUUUCAAACACAAGAAAACAAAAAUAUAAUAAUAUACUUAUACAAAAGGAAAAACAUUUAAACAAGUAUUUAAAGAACAAUUCUUGCUAUUUCAUGGACAUGAAAUGUAUUUAAAAAAAAGGCGUUAUUGAUGAAAAAUUUAUUCUAAUUAGAUAAUCGAAAGAAAAUGAUAAGACAAGUUUCAAGCACUUUCCUAAUGUUAACUCUCUCUCAAAUCUUAAGAAGAAAAAAUUGAGCAGACUAUUUACUUGGAAGUAAGAUUGCAUCUCACAUCUUGGUCACUCUUGAUAUUUAAUGUUAAAAGUAUAUUGGAUAAAAUAUAUGAGAAAAAUAUACAUGAAAAAAAACGUUGACACUUUCUUAAAUCUUUGAUAAGACAUACUGAACACUUCUUCACACAGAUAACAACCGAGAAAGUAGAAUUAUAAAUGUUCAAUCUUAUUCCUUUUAACUUUCUCUUAUCAUACGCUGCAGAAAAAAAGGAAUCAGCUAUAAAAAAAACUGUGUGUGUGAAAAAAUACCUCAAAAACUACUGUUGUAAUUUAAUGUGAAGACAAGAAGCAGGAAGAAUAUGAAAUUGUGUGUGUAAAAAUUGAGAAGUGAAACACAUUUCAUCAUUUUCAAUGUGUACAGAGUGUCAGGCUCAAAAUCUGUAAUAUCACACUAUUAAUCAUUGCACUAUUGAAGUAUUUUAAUGAUAUAUUUGAUCAUAACAUUGCUAGGUAACUUAAGUAGAAAAUAUAUUUCUCAUGAAUAUGAACUCCCUAAUCUAAAUAUUAUUUACAAAUUGAAUAAACAUAACACCAUAGAGUGUCUCUCAAAGUAUAAUUUCACAAAGUACAUGAGAAGGAUAAAGCAAGAAUGGCGAUUUCUGUAAAAUAGGAUAUUAAAAGAAAAUGUAAAAUUGUUUAGGGUUAAUUUUAGGAAUUCUAAGAGAUGUGAAAACAUUUUUUGAUCUUUUAAUUGUGACAAAACUGACGUCCUCCUUUCCAACUUAAUCUUAAUUAUCGGAGCUGAUAAAAGUGUAUUUAUAAAUUUAGUAUAUUGCGAGAUGUCAUAUUUUUAGGACAUACUUCUUUACCUUCUAUAAUCACUCUUUUAUCCUAUUCACUAAUAUAAUAUAGCUUGUCUUCCCUCCUGUCAUUCUCUAACCAAAUUCAAUUUAUCUAUCAUUUUUUUGAUCUUGUAAGCAUUGUUACUGGUUCCUAAAUUCGACUGUAAAACGAAUGAUGAAAUUAACAAAAAGAAAUUGAUAUUCCCACCAAAGAUUUUGAGAAAACACGUGAAAAUAACAACGCGAAGUACGAGACGAAUUAUUACAGAUUGUAACGAAAGAUAAAUUAAUCCCAUAGAUUGUUUCCCUAUUGCAAAUCUACUUGUAGAAUUUCUGGGUGAGUUUUAUUGGUUUUAUAAUGAUGAGUUUGUUCGAUUAUCGGAAAAAUGGUUCUAAAAUAGAUAUAAAAUCUGAGUUUAUCGUGAAUAUUUUGAGUUUAAGAAGCCAAACAUGGAGUGAUUUGCAAUAGGGUUUUUUUUUUGUUUUUGGCGAAUUGACAUUAUCAACAAUUCCGAUUCUUUCUCUGAAAGUCCUUUUCAAGUCACCUGUCAUGCCCUAAUCCUCAAUCGACAUUAUCUCGUUUGAUAAAUUGAAGGACACUAUAUUGAAUAAAAAAAAUGACGAAAAAUACAGAUAUAAAAAUCUGCACAAAACAAAGCAUGGAAAAUUGUUAAGCACACUGAAAGUUUAUGAAAAAGAGAGAGAGCAAGAAACUGUUUAACCCUUUAGUUAAGUAUAUAUUUUACCCUCUCAUGAACUCAUUGCGAUUGUGUUUCCUCACAGAGGUCGUAUGGUUACAAAAAAAUUGUGAUUUCUUGUGAAUUUUUUGUACGGAUGCAUCAUGAUUGAGUGCUUGUUUUGGUGUGUGAAUGUUUUCAGGGAGACAAAAGGAAGAACUCUAAGCAUAGAAUACAAUUUUCUCCGCAAUCAUUAGAAAUCGAAGGAAUUCAACUCAAGAUUUACAACAAAUAUUCAAUCUAUAACUUUGCAUGUACGGCCUAUAGUUGUUACAAAGUCAACAGGAGGAUUUGAAUAAUAACAUGAAAAAAUGUACCACCAAUAGAAUAUUUAACACUUUUAAAUGUCCCAACUGUUUUCCCCUUCAUUUCCGAUGUUCAAUAUCCGUUUACUUAGAUAUUCACUUGAAGUGCAAAGAGAGAUAUUCAGAGAGAAAAAAAACAAAGAGAGACAGACGAAAUUGUUGAACCCAGGCAAAGAGUGGUGAAAAAGAAACAUUUGGAUUAAUUUAGCGACAAGAGAAGAUAUUUGUUAUUAAUUAUAACGCAUAGUUAUGGAGUAUAUUCAAAAACAAAAACAAGUCGAUGUAAGUGAUCACUACAGAGAUAAGAGAUAAAAAUAUCUGGAACAACAAUCUUCAUUAUACGUUGUGAAUUGUAGUUUUGCUUAAACAAACUUUUUUCAUUGACGAUGACGAGAAAGAUAGAUGAAAAACAUGAAAAAGCAAAUCACGAACUGUGUAAAAUUUUACUGCAAUUUAAUAUUAAUUUUAACUUUAAAUAAAUAUAUCGUAAAACUUUCACAA